AUGAAGUCCCUCGCGUCCUCAGCUCUGCUCGUCCUGCUCUGCGUCGGCGCCGCCGCGGCCGCUCCAGCGCGCCCCGUCGCCGUCGGCCCCCCCGGCGGCCGCCGGCUGCUCGGCCAGAACACCCGCAUCGCCCUGGGCCUCCUGAGGCAGCACUACUUCGCCAACCUCUGGCUGGCGCGCAACGGCUACGCGGCCCCGGCCGCCGCCUCCGCCACCGCCACCGCGACCGCGACCGCCAACGGCGGCAUCCCCAGCGUUGACCCAACCCUCACUCGUUACGUCGGCUCCGACGCCAGCGCUGCCGCGCGCGCCAUCGCAGGCGGGAUGGACCCAGACACCGCGGCCUGGUCCCUCCUGGAUUCGGCACGCGCGGGGAGCGCGGCGUCCGUCGGCGACGUGUUUGCGCUCACCGCCAGCCAAAACCAGGGGUCGUUCGCCAACCUGUACGCGCGCGCCGGUGCGAUGGCCAUGGCGGAGGGCGGGGACCUGCGGAGCGGCUUCGUGUCCGCCACCGCCGCGGCGUUCGCGGCCGCGCAGGCCCGCGGCGGCGUGGGCCAGUUUGCGCUGGGCACCGCGGACGCGUUGGCGCAGGCGCGGGGCGCGUGGGGCGACCGCUUCGGCUCCGGAUUCGCUGACCUGGCCAUCGCGUCAGGCAACGACGGCGCCGUCGUGGAGGCCACCGCCACCGUCCUCUGCCGCGGCAGCGGCGCCCAGGCCCAGGCGUGGAGCGAGGCCGUGUCCAAGACCGUCGCGGCCGACCCCGCGACCGGCUGCCUGUUUGUGCAGCGAGUCGUGGCGCGCGCGCAGGCCGGCUUUGACGGCCGUCAGGCGUCGGCCGCCGCGAACGCCGCCGCAAACGCCGGCCUGGGCGGCGGCGGCGGCUACUACGGCCCCUCCAGCAAUGCGCGCGCGACCGCCUCGGCCCAGGCCGGGGCGGCGGGCGCAGGCGUGGGCGGCCGCCCCGGCCUGCUGGGGGGUGUGCUUGGCGGCGUUGGGGGUGUUUUGGGCGGCGUGGGCGGCGUCCUCGACGGCGUGCUGGGACACUGA